AUGGAGCACUGCAACUCCACUCUGGGAAGUGGCUUCAUAUUGAUGGGGAUUCUGAAUGACAGUUUGUCUCCUGAGCUGCUCUGUGCUACAAUCACAGUCCUGUACAUGCUGGCCCUCACCAGCAAUUGCCUUCUGCUCCUGGCCAUCACAACGGAUGCCCGACUCCAUGUGCCCAUGUACCUCCUGCUCGGGCAGCUCUCUCUCAUGGACCUCCUCUUCACGUCUGUUGUCACUCCCAAGGCCUUCAUGGAUUUUCUGCUCAGUGAAAACACCAUCUCCUUUGUGGGCUGUGCCCUUCAGAUGUUCCUGGCACUGACCCUGGGUGGUGCAGAGGACCUCCUACUGGCCUUCAUGGCCUAUGACAGGUAUGUGGCCAUUUGUCAUCCUCUGAACUACAUGAUCCUCAUGAGGCCGAGGGUCUGCUGGCUCAUGGUGGCCACAUCCUGGAUUUUGGCAUCCUUUAGUGCCAUUGUAUACACUGUGUACACCAUGCACUAUCCCUUUUGCAAAGCCCGUGAGAUCAGCCACCUGCUCUGUGAGAUUCCACCUCUGUUGAAGUUGGCCUGUGCAGAUACUUCCAUAUAUGAACUCACGGUGUAUGUGAUGGGUGUGACCUUCUUGAUUCCUCCUCUUGUUGCUAUCCUUGCUUCCUACACACUAAUCCUACUUACUGUGCUCCACAUGCCCUCAAAUGAAGGGAGACAGAAAGCUCUGGUCACCUGCUCUUCCCACCUGACUGUGGUCGGGAUGUUCUAUGGAGCUGCCACAUUCAUGUAUGUUCUGCCCAGUUCCCUCCACAGUCCCAAGCAAGACAACAUCAUCUCUGUCUUCUACACGAUGGUCACCCCAGCCCUGAACCCCCUUAUCUACAGCCUGAGGAAUAAAGAGGUCAUGGGGGCCUUAAGGAGAAUCCUGGGUAGAUAUAUGCUGUGGACACACUCCUGACAGAGUUGUCAAGUAGAGGUGGUAGGGGACUAAGUGUCAUGUGGCUGUGAUAAUGGUAGCUUAUAGAAGUCUGAUCAAACUCCAAUAACCUCUUACAUCAGAGGAGAGCUGCUCUCAUUUGACUGGAUUCUUAGACAAUUGUAGACAGAAGUAGCCUCAUAAGACAUAUUGGGCUUCUUGUUUAUUAGGUAGAUGGUUGUUAAAACAAUUAGUUGGAAAGAAUAAUCAAUUUUUGACUACAUUUGUACAAAUACUUAUGUUGAGAGAGUGGGAAAAACUAACGGGUCAUUUUUAUACCGCAAAAUGAAAAUUAAAGUACAGAAAUGAGUAAAACAGAAUGUGGAAGUUCCCAGGUUUCAAGUGAGCAUUGGAAAUAUAAUAGCAGUGAGAGUCAUGUGUUGUGUAUUUUGCUUGAGUUUUUUUUUUUCUUUUUUACUUUACAAUAUUGUAUUGGUUUUGCCAUAUAUCAAAAUGAAUCCACCACAGGUAUACAUG